CGAGCAGCAUCACUGAGCAUUGCGCAUUCGCAUGAGCAACAAAUCAAAAGUUAAAAUUAUCUUUGAGAAAAUUCUUGCUUUGUAUAUUUCCUAGUGAUUGUGAACAUUGAAGACUGUUUGCUAAAAACAAAAAGUAAAAGACAAGUGUUGUUGAUAUUUUCUCCGAGCCAAAACAACGGACUACUGCAAGAUAUGGCUGUAUCGGCUCUCAACAUGACUCCUUACUUUGCUGGAUAUCCCUUCCAAGGACAAGGUCGUGUUAAUCAGCUUGGAGGCGUGUUCAUCAACGGUCGUCCAUUGCCAAAUCAUAUUCGUCGCCAAAUCGUCGAGAUGGCAGCAGCUGGUGUCCGUCCUUGCGUCAUCUCUCGCCAGUUGCGUGUUUCCCAUGGCUGUGUCUCCAAGAUCCUCAAUCGCUUCCAAGAGACCGGUUCCAUUCGCCCUGGUGUAAUCGGUGGCAGCAAACCUCGUGUGGCCACACCCGACAUUGAGACCAGGAUCGAGGAGCUGAAGCAAUCGCAGCCUGGCAUCUUCAGUUGGGAAAUUCGCGCCAAGCUGAUUGAGGCCGGAAUCUGUGACAAGCAGAAUGCCCCCUCGGUUAGCUCCAUCUCGCGCUUGCUCCGUGCAACCUCUGGUUCAGGAGCCUCACACAGCAUUGAUGGCAUCCUCGGAGGUGGUGCUGCCUCGGCGGGUAGCGAGGAUGAGAGUGAGGAUGACACCGAACCCAGUGUGCAGCUGAAGAGGAAGCAAAGACGCUCGCGUACCACUUUCUCCAAUGACCAGAUCGAUGCCCUCGAGCGCAUAUUCGCUCGCACCCAGUACCCAGAUGUCUAUACACGGGAGGAGCUUGCCCAGAGCACCGGUCUGACUGAGGCCCGUGUCCAGGUCUGGUUCUCCAACCGUCGUGCUCGUCUACGCAAGCAACUGAACACUCAGCAGGUGCCCAGUUUCCCAUCCACAGCCACUUCAUAUGGAGCUACAGCUUCAGCUUCCUCUGCCACAGCUCCCAACAUGGGCAUGAGCUUGUACAGUUCCCAGGCGUGGCCCGCAUCGGGAGCGGCCUAUGAGACACAUGCUGCCUAUGGGGGCUCGGUUGCUUCCAUGUCACCAGCCAGCAGCACUGGCAGUAGUUCCGCAGCCCACAGUCCCGUUCAGUCGCAGGCUCAGCAUCCAGUCACUGGCAACGAUUUUAUGAACUCCGCCUACUCCAUGGGAUCUGCAACUGCUGCAUAUCCUCCAACUGGAUCCGCCGGAGCCUACGCAAUGCCCCCAGCUACUGCCACAUCCGCUGAGCAGCUCCGUUCACAGUUCGCCUCCGCCGCCGCUUCUGGUUCUCAUCACCCCUCCUCGUGGGACAGCUACAACUUUGCUAGCUCUUUCUUCCCCUCUACUGGCUCCACCACCAACCAUAUUGGCGGCUACCACCAUCAGGUGGAGCAGAAGAGCUCCAUGGUACCAACUGCUUCAGCCUACCCCUACUUUGGCUUCUAGGACAAGAUUGCCAAGACUGCUGGCUCUACGGAAUUGGAAAUUUGAUUCGAUAUUCGCUGGCUAAACAAAUAAAAAAUAACGUUUUAUUAUUUUAUCGUACUUCUAAUCUACUAGUAGCAUUAUCUUAUUUAAAGACCCUAAGACUGUUAAUAAAUAUUUUGAAUACCUAGUAAAUUUAAGCAAAAAAGCGAAAAUCAAAGCAAUAAAUUUUAAAA